AGCCUUUUUGAGUGGCCUAUAAUAAAACAAUAUUUUGACAGCGUCAAGUUUGUUUAUAAACUCAUAACAAUAUCAUAAGAAGUAGAAGUAGAUGUAACAAGUAGGAUGGCUAGUAACAGAUUUUGACUAUAGCCUACACGACGUGAUGGAAUACUUUUUAACACACAUCCAUAAUAUUUUGUUCCUUGCUGACUUUUACAGUGAAUAGCCAAAUAAUUCGUGACUUCAUUCCUCCUCUAAAUGAGCAUUUCCUCCGUUACAAUGCGCGCUGGUGAAGAGACGCCUUGGCAGAGGAACAUGCUGUGAUUCAUAAGGGAGUUAUACUACAGACUUGAAAAACUCUGUAAUAAUGUUGCGCGUCGUAGUGGAAUCAGCCAAAGGCAUCCCCAAAAAGAAACUCGGAAACCCAGAUCCCAUAGCAGCGGUAGUGUUCAAAGGUGAAAAGAAGAAAACUAAAGCAAUUGAUAGUGAACUCAAUCCCGUGUGGAAUGAAGUGCUUGAGUUCGACCUAAAGGGCUCCCCAUUGGAUGCGUCCUCCUUUAUAGACGUGAUUGUGAAAGACUAUGAGACGAUCGGCAAAGACAAAUUUAUUGGCUCAGCUAAGAUCUCUCUCCUAGACCUGGCUCAUGGUCACACCAAGUCCCUCCCAGCAAAGAACCUGUCCCUGGUCAAUGAGAAGAUACAGGACACUGGGGCAACCAUUCAUUUGAUGAUUGGUUAUGAGCCACCAGCGAGCACAGCUCCGAACCCUAACAAUCAAACUGAUGAAGACCAGUCGUAUGGGGACACAGGUGGGGGUGAGGAAGGGAAGGAUGGGGAGGAGUUAUCCCUUGGGGGUCAGGUGGGGACCCUUGGAGUUCCACCCACACCUGGACAGCCUGGUAACCCCAACCAUAGACCUGUCCGGACCAGCCGCAAGAGACACCGGGCCCUGGCCAACAAGCCCCAGGACUUCCAGAUUCGCGUUCGAGUUAUCGAGGGCCGACAGUUGCCGGGAAACAACAUUAAACCGGUUGUCAAAGUGAAUGUGUGCGGACAGACCCACCGAACCAGGAUCAGACAAGGAAACAACCCCUUCUUUGAUGAGAUAUUCUUCUUUAAUGUCAACAUCCUGCCUUCGGAGCUUUUAGAUGACUGUAUCAGUAUUCGGGUCUAUGAUUCCUACUCCCUCAGGGCAGACAGUCUAAUGGGGGAGUUCAAGUUGGAUGUUGGGUACAUAUAUGACGAACCUGCCCACGCCAUAAUGAGGAAGUGGCUUCUCCUAAGUGACCCUGGUGACUCUAACUCGGGGGCCAAAGGUUACCUGAAGGUCAGCCUGGUCAUCGUGGGGACAGGAGACGAGCCACCGACUGAGAAGCGAGAGCGGAACGAGGAGCAAGAUGACAUAGAGAGUAAUCUGUUGGUGCCGGCUGGGGUAACACUCAGAUUGGUCACCCUCAACCUGAAGGUGUACCGUGCAGAGGACAUGCCUCAGAUGGAUGAUGCGUUUGUACAGACUGUGAAACAAGUAUUUGGAGGGGAAGGCGAUAAGAAAAACUUAGUUGAUCCAUUUCUGGAGGUCAGCUUCGCUGGCAAGAAGCUGUGCACCAAAAUCAUCGAGAAAAAUGCCAAUCCUGAGUGGAACCAGCUGAUCAACCUUCAGGUCAAGUUCCCAUCCAUGUGUGAAAGCAUCAAGUUGACUGUAUUCGACUGGGAUCGUCUGACCAGGAAUGAUGUGAUAGGAACCACAUUUCUCAAUCUGACCAAAAUAGCCUCAUCUGGUAGUGAGAUUGAAGAUACACCUGCAGAAAAUUGCACCAAUCUGUCAUCUGAAGUGAGCAGUGGGGAGGCAGAGGUGGGUUUCCUCCCAGCGUUUGGGCCUUGCUACCUAAACCUGUACGGCAGUCCCAGGGAGUUCACUGGCCUCCCAGACCCGUACGAGGAACUCAACUUUGGCAAGGGUGAAGGGGUGGCCUACAGGGGCAGAGUCCUCAUCGAGCUCUCCACUCAACUGGAUGGCAAAGCUGACAGGAAGCUGGACAACAUCUCCAGUGAUGACAUCCUGAUGGCCCAGAAGUACCAGCGGAGGAGGAAGUUCUCGCUGUGUGAUGUGUUCCACAGCUCCUGCAUGCUCCAGGAGCCCGGUGAGCCAAUCCAGUUCGAGGUCAGCAUUGGCAACUACGGCAAUAAGCUGGACUCCACCUGCAUGCCACUGGCAUCCACAACCCAAUACAGCUGUGCUGUGUUUGACGGUAACCACUACUAUUACAUGCCCUGGGCUGACACCAAACCUGUUGUCAUCCUCACAUCCUUCUGGGAAGACAUUAGCCACCGAUUGGAUUCAGUCAACAUCAUCCUCUACAUCGCAGACAGACUGGAAUCCAACCUCACUUCUUUGAGAACAGCCAUCCUUGCCAAAGCCUCAGAGGCGCGCUUGGCUGAGAUCUGGCUCAAACUCAUCAACCACAUGAUUGAGGAUCUGAGCAACUUUCAGGUACCAGAGCUUGAGGGCAGGCCCAACCUGACGGCUCUGGACGUCCAGAUUAAGAAGCUGCGUGAUUCGGCGGUGGCCAGCAUCAGGGAGAUGGCCAAACGCUUGAAGGAGGAGGCCACCGGCGUUAUAGCCACUCUGACAGACAUCGAGGACUGGCUGGAGAGACUGAAACAGCUUGCAGAGGAGCCCCAGAACAGUAUGCCUGACGUGGUGAUCUGGAUGCUGCGUGGAGAGAGGAGGGUGGCAUACGCCCGUCUCCCAGCCAAUCAGAUCCUCUACUCUACCUACAGUGAGCAGGCCUGUGGGAAAUACUGUGGCAGGACACAGACCAUCUUCAUGCAGUACCCCAUGGACAAAAACAAAGGCGUGAAGAUCCCUGUCCAGCUCCGUGUCAACAUGUGGCUGGGCCUCUCUGCCCACGAGAAGAAGUUCAACAGCUUCUCAGAGGGAACCUUCAGUGUGUUCGCAGAAAUGUAUGAGAACCAGGCCCGGGUGUUUGGGAAAUGGGGCACCACAGGGUUGGUGUACCGGCAUAAGUUCUCUGACGUGACUGGGAAGGUGAAGCUGAAACAGGAGCGCUUCAUGCCCCCCAGGGCGUGGGAGUGGGAAGGCGAGUGGUUCGUCGACCCCGAGAGAGGCCUGCUAACAGAAGCAGACGCGGGGCACACAGAGUUCACAGACGAAGUCUACCAGAACGAGACACGUUUCAUUGGCGGGGAGUGGAAGGCUGCUGCCGACCCCUUCACAGAUGUGAAUGGGCAGAAGAGCCAGAGUCCAGGGGAGAUAGAGUGUCCUGCUGGCUGGAAGUGGGAGGAUGACUGGAGCUUCGACAGCAACAGGGCUGUGGAUGAGAAAGGUUGGGAGUAUGGCGUCACCAUUCCCCCCGAUGACAAGCCCAAGUCCUGGGGAGCAGCAGAGAAGAUGUACCACAUACACCGCAGGAAGAGACUCUUACGGCCACGCAGGAAAAUAGCAGACACUAAAGCAGCACCUGAGAGGUGGGAUCCCGGCGAAGGCUGGGAAUACUCGUCCUUGAUUGGCUGGAAGUUCCACAGGAAGGAGCGUUCAUCUGACACAUUCCGCCGUCGCCGCUGGAGACGCAAGAUGGCUCCGUCAGAUGGGAUAGGAGCAUCAGCCAUCUUCAGACUGGAGGGGGCACUGGGGGUAGAUGUUGAUGAGAAGGCCAGUGAAAAGGACGCUGCCAGACUAUUUGGUGCCAACACACCCACCGUUUCCUGUAACUUUGACCGGUCGUAUAUGUACCAUCUGAGGGUGUAUGUCUAUCAGGCCAGGAAUCUCAUCGCCAUGGACAGGGACAGCUUCUCAGAUCCCUACGCCCAUGUGUCCUUCCUCCAUGUGAGUAAGACCACAGAGGUCAUCAGAGCCAAUCUGAACCCCACCUGGGACCAGACCCUCAUCUUUAAUGACAUCGAGAUCUAUGGAGACCCCCAGACCAUUGCACACAACCCCCCCAACGUGGUGCUGGAGCUCUACGACAGUGACCAGGUGGGUAAAGACGAGGCCAUGGGUCGCUGUACGUGCCCCCCUGUGGUGAAGCUGAACCUCGGCACGGUGGUAUCCCCCAAACUGCUGUGGUUCCCCGUCACCAAGAAAGGCCGCAACGCGGGAGAGAUGCUGGUGGCUGCUGAGCUAUUGCUGAAAGACAAGGCCAAUGAGAGUAACUUGCCCCUGGUGCCCCCCAGACGUGGAGCGACGCUCUACAUGGUUCCUCAGGGAAUCAGGCCUGUCGUACAGCUUACCGCCAUCGAGAUCUUAGCCUGGGGUCUAAGGAACAUGAAGACCUACCAGUUGGCCGCAGUCACCUCUCCCAGUCUCAUGGUGGAGUGUGGGGGGGAGGUCGUCCAGACUACCGUCAUCAAGAACUUCAAGAAGAACCCCAACUUCCCCGGAUCUGUCCUCUUCUUUAAAGUGCUUCUACCCAAAGAGGAGAUGUACACCCCUCCCAUCGUUCUGAAGGUGAUGGACCACCGGCCGUUCGGCAGGAAGCCCAUUGUGGGCCAGUGUACCCUCUCCCUGGAGGAGUUCCGCUGUGACCCUUACGUCACCAAUGCUGAGGUGGCCAUGUCUUCCAAAGUGGCCAUGAUGGCAGCAACUCAAGGAGACAUCAUCAUUAACAUGGAGGAUAGGCCCAUCCUUAAUACUGAGCUCCACAAAGAGAAGGAGGAGGAGGCAGUUGACUGGUGGAGUAAGUUCUAUGCCUCUGUGGGAGAACACGAGAAGUGUGGGCCGUACCUCAACAAAGGAUACGACACCCUAAAGGUAUAUGAAGGGGAGCUGGAGGAGGUCCCAGAUUUCCGAGGGCUGACAGAUUUCUGUAAAACGUUCCGACUGCAGCGGGGGAAGACUGAGGAUGAGGACGACGACCCUUCAGUGGUCGGAGAGUUCAAGGGCUCGUUCCGGGUGUAUCCCCUAUCUGAAGACCCAGAGAUGCCAGCCCCGCCACGCCAGUUCAGAGAGCUGCCUGAGAGCGGGUUGCAGGAGUGCCUGGUCAGGAUCUACGUGGUGCGAUGCAUGGACCUGCAGCCAAAAGACAACAACGGCAUGUGUGACCCUUACAUCAAGAUCUCUUUGGGGAAGAAAACAAAAGAUGACAGGGAUGACUACAAACCAAACACCCUCAAUCCAGAGUUUGGCAGGAUGUUUGAGCUGUCCUGUUUCCUCCCUCAAGACAAAGACCUAAAGAUAGCUGUGUACGACUAUGACUUGCUCACCCGAGAUGAGAAAGUGGGAGAGACAGUCAUUGACCUAGAGAACAGACUCCUCUCUUGUUUCGGCGCCUACUGCGGCCUACCGCAGUCCUACUGCAUUUCAGGGACCAACCAGUGGAGGGAUCAGCUGAAGCCCUCCCAGAUCCUGGAGAACCUGGCCAGACUGAGAGGGAUCCCUUCACCCAGCACCUCUGCUGACGGCAGAACUCUCUCUUUCGGGGGGAGAGACUACAGCCUGCUGGACUUUGAGGCCAACAGAGUCAUCCACCAGCACCUGGGUCCAGCCAGGGAGAGGAUGGCCCUGCAUGUCCUCAGUAAACAGGGUCUGGUGCCAGAGCAUGUGGAAACCAGGACUCUCUACAGUACUUACCAACCUACACUGUCCCAGGGAAAGAUUCAGAUGUGGGUGGACAUCUUCCCCAAGAGCCUGGGUUUACUGGGACCUCCAUGCCACAUUACUCCACGCCAAGCCAAGAAGUACUUCAUGCGGGCUAUUGUCUGGAACACCACUGAUGUCAUACUAGAUGAGACCAGCAUCACCGGAGAGAAUAUGAGUGACAUUUACGUCAAAGGAUGGAUGCCAGGUAUGGAAGAGGACAAGCAGAAGACAGACGUCCAUUACAGAUCCCUGGAUGGUGAUGGCAACUUCAACUGGCGGUUUGUCUUUGGCUUCGACUACCUGCCCUCAGAGCAACUUUGCCUCGUUUCCAGAAAAGAGCAUUUUUGGAAUCUGGACCAAACUGAGUUUCGGACCCCCCCAAAGUUGAUCGUCCAGAUUUGGGACAAUGACAAAUUCUCACUGGAUGACUAUCUGGGCACAGUUGAGCUGGAUCUGCUUCAUCUGAUCCCCCCUGCCAAGACCCCUGAGAAAUGCAGUCUGAAAAUGUUACCAGGGAUUACAGGCUCCACACCUUCCAAACAACCACCGCCCAACUCUCUGUUCUCCCAGAAGUCUGUGCGGGGCUGGUGGCCCUGUAUGAUCGAGCAGGAUAGGAAGCACAUUCUGGGUGGAAAAGUGGAGAUGACCCUGGAAAUAGUGGAAGAGAGGGAGGUAGAAGAGAGGCCUGCUGGGAAGGGCCGGGACGAACCCAACAUGAACCCCAAACUAGACUUUCCCAAUCGCCCCGACACUUCCUUCUUCUGGUUCACCAGUCCAUGCAAGACCAUGAAGUUCAUCAUAUGGCGCAGAUUCAAAUGGAUCUUCAUUGGUUUGAUAGUCCUACUGCUUGUGCUCUUGUUCCUUGGGAUCCUGCUGUACUCCCUACCAAACUACAUCUCAAUGAAAAUUGUGAAGCCUUUCUCUUAGGAGUUACUCUAUGGGGCAGCUGAGUACUAUGCCUGUCUUCGUCCAAGGGAUAAGGCGACAGAAGUCUUGACACUCAGGCCCUCACAAACUCUAUGCAAUGUAUUCCUAUCAGCGUUGUCUUCAGAGUUGCGUGCAUUAUUGACAUUUUUACACUUUAUCAAUCAAGGCUACACUUCACUUGCAUUAAAUAAUGUAGCCACACAGCCCUUUUAAUUGUACUGUACUUGUACUGUUCUUACCUGUCUGUCUUUCCCUGAAAUACCGAAAGCGAAAGGAAAGGGAAAGAGGAUACCUAGUUAGUCGCACAACUGAAUGCAUUCAACCGAUAAUGUGUCUUCUGCAUUUAAUCAAAUGCUAUAUUGUAUGCAUGCUUUACUAAACCUAAUAUAGAGAGCGUGUCUUCGCCGAUAGAAUGAGCUACUAACAACAAACACUGUUGUUGUGUCUUCAAACAAUGUCCCAACAUUCUAAAAAGCCACUUCCUUAGACACCAUACAGAGAAGGCCCCAGCACAUUUCCAAGUAGGGGCAUGAGAUCAUUUCUUGGUUGCAACAAAAAUCCCAUUCCAUUUACUCACACAAUGUCUAGGUAUGUGAUACAGUACGGGUUAAUCCAGGUAUGUCACACAUAAUAAAUUAAGCAUGGUAUCCAUGUAAGCAUAGACAGUUUUACUAUAAAUAUUAAUUGGGAUCUAACUCAAAAAGGUACGCAAAAUUAUUAAGGUAAAAUAGAUGAUUGUCUUGAAAUCAAAAGUUUAAAUCCAAAGGUAUUAAUCCACAAAUGAAACAGCAUUAUUAAUCCACAAAUGAAACAGCAUUAUUAAUCCACAAAUGAAACAGCAUUAUUAAUCCACAAAUGAAACAGUAUUAAUCACUCUAGUUUUUAGAAGGCCUUUUUCUAGCAGGCUUCUAUCCCCUGUUCUAAUUUGGUUCCACCAUAGAGGCAUAAAGAAGGUUCAUCAUUGUAUCUGUGCUAUAAUGGCUUCUGAGACAGGGUGGGCAGUGCAAUUGAGGUCAAUUUUAAAGUAACUGUCCAGUGAUAGUCACACUAUUAAAAUGUAAUGUUCUGAUAACGCAUACCCAAAUAAUGGUGUUGGCUCAUCCUAUACUAAUUUGUGGCCAAAGCAGAAAUUGGAGAAAAAACACUUUAAAAUCCCAACCUCAAACGUGUAUCUCGACCAGAAAAAAAUGCUUGCUAUUUCCUCAUAGAGGAUGAUGACAUCCUCCUGAGGAGGAUGAGCUGGCCAAUCAGCGGUCUACUCACAUUAAUAUUGGACAGUUACUUUAAAGUAGUCCAUUUCUUCUUCUUAGACUUUUAUGAGUCAGUAAACAAACUAAAAGGGUGCAUACUGCCACCUGGAGUGUGUUGUCUGAACAGGUAUAAAGCCAAGGUUGGGGAUUUACUGCUACCUGCAGUUCUGGAAUGUUUCCUUGGGAGUAUAAUUCAUUGGCUGAUCCCUCCUGAUUACCUGGAUGGAAUUAUGUGAUCCUUCCUUAAUUUAACCCAUAGGAAGCCCCAAACAGUUAAAAUGGUGAAAGCCCUCAAUGGCAAUGUUCAUUCUGAAACAGGUUCUAUCCAUUUGGAGUCCUCUUUCUACCUCUAUGGGUUCCACUGAUGCAUCUUAGCUUUAACCCAUUAUAUUUCCAUAUAAACAGUUUCCAUACUGUGAAUAAUAACUUUAACAUGUUUUCUUUUCGCAUAUAAAAUGGCUCUAACAACUGUUGUGUUCCAAUUUCAUUUAUAUCAAUAGGCUUUUCUAUGUUUUAAUAAAGAACAAUGAUUAUGUACAAA